AUGGUGCUCUUUGGGCGUAAGCCCGCCGUGGAACCAGUUCCGGGCGAUCGGGUCGUGCCACUGCAUUUCUUUGAGAACAGCCUACUUGUCCAGGGCAACAACAUGGCCGUCUCACUCGUGUUUGACGCAGUGCUCGACCCAGAAAAGUUGCGCCAGUCCCUCGAGGGCCUAGUCAAGCGAGAGGGAUGGCAAAGGCUGGGGGGUCGGCUGGAAAGAAAUGCCUCGGGCCAGAUCGAAUGGCACAUUCCAGCCGAGUUUACAGCUGAGAGACCCGCCAUCUCCUUCGCGCAUGUUGACCACGGCGUGCCUUCUGCUUCGCACCCGGCAGCCUCCCGGAUCCCGAAGCCAACCACUUGGCCUGCUAUUGUUGGCGACCCAGACGAUCUGGAAGACCUGGCGUGGGGGCCCUCGUACAAGCCGGGUGGGAUCAAUGACUAUCUCAACUCUGACCUCCCGGUCCUAGGGCUGCGCGUCAACUCCUUCACCGACAAGACCAUCGUAGUCCUGCAGUGGCAGCAUGUCGCCUUCGAUGCGAUUGGCAUGCAGUAUGUUGUCGAAGGUUGGAGUGCUAUGCUCUGGGGCAAGACAGUCGAAAUCCCGACCCCUUGUAGGGUCGACUCGGAUCCAUUUGACUCGCUUGCCCGGGGUUCACGUCCCACCAUAGAAGAGCAUAUUCUAGCAGACAGAAAGGUCGGACUAGGAGGAAUGCUCAAGUGGGGGUUGGGGUAUGGGGUCGACAUGCUUCUCCGGACCAAGGAGAACCGCAUGGUCUGUGUCCCAGAAACAUACUGGCGGCCGCAGCUGGAGAAGGCCAUGGAGGAGCUUCGCGCCGAGGCAGUUGUGAAGGGUGAAGAUGCCUCCAAGGUGUUUUUGACCGAGAAUGACAUUUUGACGGCCUGGAUCCUGCGUUGUGUGGUCAGCCAGAUGGGAAUUAACCCCGAUAGGACGGUUGCCGCAUCUAUAGCCAUGUCUCUUCGCAAGGCUUUCGAGGGAGAUCUUAUCCCUGCCUCUACCAAGCAUCCCUAUGUUGGCAACGCUUUCGGCUGGGCUAACGUACUUGUUAGCGCAGGUGAGGUCACCUCGAAGCCGCUGAGCUGGCUUGCACGGCAGGUUCGGCGUGCCAUCAACGAACAGGGCACGCGAGCUCAACACGAGGCAUACUACGCCAUGGUGCGUACGUCUGGAAUGGGCCUGCCUAUUGUCAUCUUUGGGAACGGCGAUUUGGCCCAAGUCGGCUUCUCCAAUUGGGCUAAGGCUGGUUUGUUCGACUUGGACUUUUCCCCGGCUCGUAAAGGCCCCAAGGGUGACAGCGUGCAGUGCAGGCCUUCGUACAUCCAAGAGAAUCACGGCCCUGUUAAGCCUGCAGAUGGUUUCUUUAUUUUGGGAAAGGAUGAGAAGGGAAACUACUGGACCUCAGCAUGUAAGGUGAAGGGUCAAUGGAAGAAAUUCGAGGAGCAGCUGAAGAAGGACUUUGAGGUGGAAAUGUGAAUCAACGAAGGGAGUAGUUCCGUCCGAACCGGUCCUCCACGGAGAUAUACUAUAAAACCUAUAAG